GGGGUUUCGAAGUCCCCAAGGUCAUAGCGUUGAUUUGUAUUCGUUUAUUUGCUUACUUUUCUAAAAUGAACUUGGCAUGAACAAGUUUUUACCAACAUCGCAGAUUGAUUUGCUGCUAAUGGAUAAACCAACGGUUGACCCUAUCUUGUUAGGACUAGAUGAACAUAAUGAUAAUGAUAUCCAGGAUUUCAAAGAGUUUUUCUCCGAUCCGUGUUUAGAUUUACACAGGGAAGAUAAUCGUGCUACUGAUUCCUGCAAUAAUCAGUGUGAAGUAGAUGGGGUUUCAUGCGUUGAUUCGGAAUGCCAUCAAUCCUGGGAGGCCAAAGUUUGCUCAUCUGAAGCAAAUGUGACAUCUGGAUUACUGAAUUAUCCAUCUAGCGUAGUUGUAGAUGGUCCCAUGCAUUCUCAAAGUACACUUGGAGAAGUGUAUGCUGAAAGUAAUGUUUGUGACAAUAUGAAAUGCGGUGAAGCAGCUUCUCACCAACCGUGCCAUGAGGUCGCAAAAGAUGCUGACAAACACAAUACUCCUCCUGAGUACUCUAAAAGUUCGACCUCUCCCUUUGUAAAGCGACAGUUGGCAACCCAGGAAGUACCUGAACAUCCAUGUACAAGUACAGCUAUCCAUUGCCGUUUUACAGAUACAGUGCCUGUCAACUCGUUCGGUCUAUUCCAGUCUUCAAAUAAAGCACAUGAUAUUUCAAACCGCUCUAAUUACUCCUAUAUCAAAACUGGUCAGUUCACUCCACAUACAGAGCGCUCUAUCAUGUUCGCAACUUCUACGGUCAUACCUUCUACAGAUCCUUUUAAUCACCAUGACGCAUCUGAACUCGAUUCCCAACCCUUGAAAGAAACUGAAAAUAUAUCUCCUAAUUCCAGUCCUAACUGUCGUCGACCUGGCUCUGUAAAAGGGUCAGGCCUUACUUCUCCUUCUGCUGCUCACCUUUGCAGUCUAUGUGGGAAGCAAUAUCGUCAUGUUGCUUCCUUGAGGAAUCACGUACGUAAACAUACGACAGGAGCACUUACUUCAAAGCGGUAUAAAUGCAACCACUGUGUAUAUUCAAGCCAGUACCAUCGUAACGUUAUCAAACAUAUGGAAGCAACUCAUCGCGAUCAUGAAACAUUCUCAACGAACAACAUAUCUCUUUUUACUGAAGUUGGUGCCACUCAGUGUAACUCGCUUGCUUCCGAAGAGUUAAAGUCGGAUUUUAUUGACUCUCGCGUCUGGAUUUCAGGCACCAAAGUUGAACCAAAUGCCUACUGUACCAUUUCUAGUACAUCUGAUUCAAAAGACUUUUCAAAUGUUGAACAAUCUACUAGUUUUUCGACUUCAAACCUUGAACCCCAUGUCAUUGUUUCACGUCAGUCAUCAUCAAAUUAUGACUCCAGAGUAGCGAACAAGCAUUAUGAAAGCGAUCAUGUUGGUAAUUUAGGGCCGAGUAUGAUCCUUAAUGAUGUUUCUAAAUCCGAUCGAUGUAACAUUUCAGGUUGUGAUCAAACAUUUCAGCCAGUUAAAUAUCUAUCAAAUCACGUAAAGGAUUCACAUCGGGAUCUAAAGAGAUUUAAAUGCCCACUUGAAGGAUGCUCAUUUUGUGGACAACGUCGUAUGCAUCUAAAACGCCAUAUCAGCGAAUUCCACGGUGAUAAAAAGCUCUCACUCUACAGAAUGUUAGAUCAAAAUCGAUUUAAUCACGAACCUUAUGAUUCUUCUGUCCAACCUGCAAUGAUGUAUGAUAGGCAAGAAAAUCUCCCACUCAAUGUCACAAAAUUACCAGAUUAUCAAUCAUUAAAACGGCAAUGUUACAAUCCUCAAAUGAAUACUCAUGUCCCGUUGGAUACUUCUUAUACAAGUGACUACUACCGUGAUCCUAGCUGCAGUGGACAUGAUGUAUAUUCUUUUCCAAUGUCAGGUUUAUCACAUCCAUCCGGAGAUUGUUGUUUCUCAGAAAAUACUGCUGGUAGUGGCGGUGUGUUACACAAUCAUCAAGCCACUAAAAGCUUUGAGCAGAAACCGCAUUCAUUUGUCAAUAAUACAUCAAGUCAAAUCAACAGACUAUUUGAAAGUACAUCUAGUAGUAGUAGUAGUAGUAAUAAUAAUAAUAUGCCGUUUUUCCAAAAUGAACAAUGUUUAUCCAUGAAUAAAACUCAUUCAAUGAAUCCUUCUGAUGAUUUUCAUGUACAGUCCCCAUAUCCUCCUUCCAUGUCGAAUCAAUCAAUUCAUUAUCAUCAACGUAAUCAAGAUACAUUGAACAAUAAUCCUCAUUUAUCAUGUGAAGUUAUGACUAGUGAAUCUUUGCAUCAUGAGCAACAAAAUUUCUUUCCACAAAAUUCAGUCUAUUCCAAUGUGAAAUCUUGUCUGUCUUUCAAUCCUGCUGACCCAUCUACGAAUCGUACAACUGAAUCUGAUGUAGUUGAACAGCUUUUAGAUUCGACAAAUGCUUCAAAUACAGUGUUGGAUCAGAUUCUAUGUGAAUCACUCGAGCCCAAUAAAGACGAUGAAGUUAAAGUUGAAACAUCUACAUUCUCUACUGCAACUGUGAACACAUCCCAGAUGUCUCCUUUGAAUUCCAAAGUUAUAUCUAAUCAUGUAAAAAGUUAUAUAUCUGAUACGAAUGUAUCAACUAAUGCCGUGCAUACUAGUACUAUGCUUUCAGAGACUGAUGCGUUUUUAUCCGAUUUACAAGAAAUCCUUGAACGGGACAUGCCCAUGUUGACGUCUUCUACACCUAAAGGUAUUGACUCUUCAGAGGUUGUAUUAGUCACAGUCAAGGAAACAGUCAUUGAAUCGAAAUCUCCAGCCGGAAUAAUUGGAUGUAAGGUAACAAGCGCAUCGUCACUACCAAGCACUGAUUCUGGACAUGAAUGUUGGAGCAGCAGCAGCAGUUGUAGUGCUGGUCCUAAUAAUGCUUCCGCAUGGGGUCAGCAAGAAGCUGUAACUCCUUUGAAAGUUUCUUCUCCGUUUUCAUCUUCAUACCCAUCAAAUCAACCUUCGGGUACAAGUCACUCAACUCCCAGUAUUUUUGAUAAUCAGUUUACAGAGCAAGUUAUCAAUGAACAAUUUUCUGGUCAAGAUCCUUAUGACCAAGUAUCUGGUAAAUGUUCUAGCACUCUCCAUUGUGCAUCUAUAACCGUUGAUGGUAUACCGGUCACUCCGCAAUUGUCAUCGGUCACCGGAUCAUAUCAGGUGUUACCUUCAAAGUCAAAUAAGAAUGCUCGUUUAGGCAAUACCAGUCAACUUUUUCAUAGUCAUCCUUCCUAUCCCCAACGUACUAACUAUGUGCAAAAUUCACAAUCUCCUAUUCAUAAUUCUGAAAUUUCUCAUUUACAAUAUUCUCAAGAUUAUUGUGCCUCUAAUCAAAUCUCUUCAAUGUACACAUCUUCCGAUAAUGAUAAUCAAUCAGUAAAUCAACAAAAUUCUAUUCCAUUUUAUUCAAAUCAUAAUUCUCAUUUGUCAUCAAAUGAUUUCACGCCUAAUCAUGUCAUGUUUAAUAAUUGUCAACAAAAUGAAGCUCAACAAAUGUGUCAACAGUAUUCAUUCAAUCCAUCAUCAUCAUCCUCAUCAUCAUCGUUACAUUCAGAGCCAACUUAUCAUUCGUCUUAUAUUCAACCAAAAUAUCAAAAUUAUAAAUCUAAUGAAAUGGAUACACGAUUAACAUCAUUCAGGAAUUGUCCACCACAAUUUCAAGAGCAAAUUUAUUGGCAGCCAAAUAUGAAAUAUCGUACAAGUUCUUACGAACAAGUGCCUAACAAUCCUCCUAUAUGCCGUAAUAUGGUUUCUAAUAAUAUACGUGCAUCAUAUCCUUUUGAUAAUCCAAUGCCUUAUUCUCAAAACAAUUCAACAUCAACACGAAUUGUUGAUUCUACAAUUGGUGAUAAUGAACUGAAUAAAUCUACACAUAUUCUUCGACAUUCAUCAGAUCAACCGCCUAUUCGAAAUUCCGUUUGUCCUACUCCAAAAUAUUCUAACUUUCCUGACAUUGACAAUCUUAACUGUGAUCGAACUUUUCAAACAACUCAACAGGCAGUUAAUAAACGUUGGCCAACUCAUGAUCAACAACGUUUAUUAUUUAAUCCUUACAGUUCAUAUCCUUCAUUAAGUUAUACUCCUAGUCCACAGAUGACAUCUCCAAUGUAUCAUUCAGUUGGCCAAUCAUCCAUCAUACAUUCCAUUUCACGUGUUAAAUCGGAAAAUUCCAAUCCAAAUCGUAUACCAAAUCAUACAUCGUAUUUUUCAAAUCGACCUCCUUCUUCAGAUUCACAAUAUUAUUCAAAUUCUGUUUGUUAUCCACAAUCACGUCCAAGUCAAUUUUGUUCACCUCAUUCCCAGUAUUAUACACCACCACAACCACCAUCAUCUCAAUCUCAAUCUGUUUAUCGUGAUAUGUCACAAAAUGAAAAUUACAUUGUUAGUAGUAGUAGUAGUAGUAGUAGUAGUAGUAGUGAUGGGCGUUAUUUCAAUUCACAUUUCAAUGUUAGACAUUCAAACAUGGAACUAGUUGGAAAUUGGUCUGUAGACAAAAAUUCAUCUUAUAAUACUCCUACUAAUACUAAUACUUCUAUUAUAGGAAAUCAUCAACAACAACAACAAGGCAAUAUAAUAAUUUCCCAAGGGAUUAAUAAUACUAAUUUAAUUGGAUAUUCCAUUGAAUCUAAUAAUAAUCCACUUAAUAAUAAUAAUGAUCAACAACAUUGUGAUAAUCAUCAACAAUUUGUACACAAUUCAAAAAAUUCACGUUACAUUUUGUCCAAUUCAAUAGAUCAUAUGAAUUCAUUGGUGAUGGAUAAGCAAUAAAUAAAUAGUGUGGAUCGCCAUGCAAAUAGUGCAUUACGGAAAAUGUACAAAAAUACCAUGCAUGAUUAAACAAGAAUUUUUCUAUUCAACAACUGUGUUAUUAACUUGUCAGGCUAAAAGAAUCAAUGUGCUUUAUAUUCUUAGACGGAAAUCCGCCGCCCGCCCCCCCCCCGCCAGUUCAACUUUACACCCAUAUCGUAACUAGAGAAAAAUAAUUGAUUGACUGAUUGACUGAUUAUUCCUAAUUUUGAAAUUUGACAAUAGAUACUUUUUUUUCAAUUCAGCUCAUACCAAUAAUACAUUUCUCUUCACCAAGUGUCUCAUAUAUAUAUAUA